AUGCAUGAAUCUGUUUUCCCAUUUUACUCCCGGCCCAGGACACCUUUUCUUUUCGACACAAAUAUUGUUGAAAUCAUCAUUAUAUGUCUGAUCACUGCAACUACUUUUAUUAUUAUAUUGCCUGGAAUCAGAGGAAAAUUGAGAACCUUCUGGAUUGUGAAAGUGCUGACAAGUCUCUUUAUUGGCACUGUGAUUCUAAGUGUUAACUUUACUCGUGACUGGGAGGUUGGAUCUAUAACUGUCACAACUGUGUACAAGUCUUUCAGUCAUGCCAUGGUGAAUGCCAGUAUUGGAUUAUGGGUUGGAUUAAGGGGUUUAAAUAUUACUCUGGCAGGGGAUCCUAUUCAUCAGUUUAAUGAAACUAUCAACUACAAUGAGAGGUUUUCUUGGGAGACCAGGAUCCAGUACGACAAAGACUAUCAAGAUGGAUUAGAAAGGGGUCUCCCUAAUCCCAUAUUAUACGUGGCUGAAAAGUUUAUCAGCAUUAGUCCUUGUAGACUUCACCAGCAAUAUUGUGCAUCCACCUAUUAUGCAUCGGCACUAAUGUGGUUGGCAUUUUGUGCAUGGAUUCUCAGCAACGUCCUUUUCUGUAUUCCAGUCCCUUUGUAUGGAAUUUGUAUGAUGUUUGCAACUGCAGUGUGUAUAAUAUUCUCGCUCAUAUCAUUUGCAACAGUUAGACAGGUACCUAUAUGCAACAUCCAUUUUGGAACUUCUAUUCUGAGGACAAGAUUUGGAUUUUCUUUCUGGAUAAGUUUUACCACAGGUAAAUUGCUUCUGUACUGUAUGUACGUAUUGUUUAACCUUUAA